AUGGGGAAAAGAAAGGGAUUGAGAGGAUUCUUUGAAUUUGUGAACAAAUUUUUCUCUAAGAAAAAGAAAACUGGGGCAAGCAAUGAAAAUUUGGCAGAUAGACAUGAUGAUGACGAAACUGCUAGCCCAUCAAAGGUGUUAUUAUCUGUUUUGCUUAAUAUGUACAGGAAUGCAAUUGUUGAUGAAAAUCGCAGCAUGUUCCGUAAUAAAGAGAAGAAGAAAGAUGUCGAUCGAAUGAAAGAAAAUGACCUCAACGUCAGUCUGGAUAGUCUCAGCGAAGAGGAAUUAGUGGAAGACAAGAAGGAAGGAAAAGAAACAAUUAAGUCGCCACCACCAAAAGCAGCCAUCCUACCGCCAUUAAAAAUGAACUCUGACAACAAUAAAGCUGUCAACAAUGAGAAAAAUGAGAAAAAUGGUGAUGUUUCCAUCAAAAGUGAUGAGAAAUCUAACCAAAGUGAUGAGAAAUCUAACAGAAAUGUUAACAAUUCUGACAAAAAAGUUGACCAAAUAGACAACGAAACAACUAAAAUCACCACAUUACCCAAACCAGCCCAGAAUUCCAACACUGAUACAAAAACGGCCACAACUUCUAUUGAAAACAACAGAACCUCUGCUACUGCUACUACCAAUGACAAUGGUGAUGGUGACGCUGAAGCUUCAACUAAAGGCGAAAGAACGAAGAAUGAUGAUAAAAAUGAUAAAACUAAAGCAGAAAGAGGUGCUAAUGGUGGUAAAAAAGUCGACCAUAAUGAUAAAGCUGAUGAAAAAUUGUCUGGCAAACCCGGCAACGUUGCUAAUAAUGAUGAUUUUGUCAUCAUUUCAGAAAAUGAUCUGAAAAAUGACGACGCUAUUGCUGAUGAUGAUAAAUCAAAAGAUGAUGAUGAUGAAGAGAAUUUGGAUGAUGAUGAUAAUGACGUAAUUCAAGUGAACAGAGCUAUCAAGACCAUUCUCUACGAAAUGCCAGCGGAAAAAUUUAGUGAUAGUGAUGCCACAAACUCAGAAGUGGACAGGCCAAUGAAGGAAGAAAGAGCAGAGAGAAGUGAAACGAGGAGUCCUGCAACAAAGACAUCAACCCCAUCGUCUCCUCCAAACGAAAACAAACAACCGGCAACAUCGACAUCAUCCGCCAAAACUAAAUUGACAGCGACGUUCUCAACUACGUCAUCUUCAGAAGAUGUUUUCAAAACUGAAACUCACACAGAACACGAUGACAAAGCUAACAAGGACGAAGAUGAUGAUUAUCAACUACUUAACAAGCCUGGUGCAUCCCUAUCUUCCGGAUCAAUCAACAAAAUCCCCAGACCAAUGCCUAGAACAAUGAUGAAACAGUCGAACAAUCACAAGCUUAGAGCUGAUGAACUCAAUACAAACGAGAAUAAUGACGAGGAUGAAGAAGAUGGUGAAAAAAGUAACAAGAUUAACUCAACAACUUCAAAUGAUUACCAGAAAUUGAAUAAAAACUCUGAAAGCGCAUCUCUUGGGUCCCUCUCAUCCUCAUCCUUAUCUCCUCAGUCCGAAUUUUCUCUAGGAAAAUUUUCCCCAGAUGUAAAAUUUAAUGAGAAAAACAAAGAAAACAAACCUACAACAACAUCAAAAACAACAAAAUCUCCUACAACAUCGACCACAACCCCAAUGACGAAACCGAAAAGCAAACUAUCAACCAGCAGUCUCAGCAGCAACGGCAGCAGCGUUAACAGCAGCAACAGUGGUGUCCACAAGGAUGACAGCAGGAGCAACAGCGAUAGCAACAACAACAAAGAAACAGACUUUGGUUCUUCAUCUUCCAUUGGAAAGUUACGAAAAAAUCUUUGCAUAAAAUCUAACUCUAGCUCUUCUUCACCCGCCACUUCAAAAACAUCUGCACCACUUACAGCCACCUCUCCCAACGUUUCCUCAACUACGUCACUUGAUAUUUCACUGACGUCACCAUCGUCGUCAUCAUUAGAAUUAGGUUCUGGCAAGAAAUUACUACCUGAUGCAAUGCCCAGAGCAUCGUCAUCGUCGUUAUCUUCAUCAUCGCCAUCGUCAUCAACUGCCACAACUACUGCUGCUACUACAAAAUCGUCAUCAUUUUCUGUUAAUGCUUCUACUAAAACCUUUGUUGAGAAAGAUAAUGAUGCUGCUAUUAUAAAUGAUAGCAAGAAAGUCUUUGUUAAGAAUGACAAUGAUCCUAAGUAUACUUAUACUGCUACUACUACUACUGCUGCUACUACAACUGCUACUACUACUUCUACUGCUACUACUACUUCUACUUCUAAAAUUACUACUGCUGCUGCAACAAAAGAUGCAGUCAACAAUGAGGACGCCGAUGCUGAUGUAACUCCGACUGCGGGCGAUAAUGAGGUCCAGUUAAAACCAUUGUCGAUAAUAACUCAAAAUGGCGAUCACAAACCUGGUGACGUCACUGCCGCCAACGUCAUCAACCAUCCUCGUCACGAGGAACAAACCAAACUGUUUGCUAAAUCGACAUCCAACGGUGAAACUGAAGAUAAAACGAAAACGAAACCAGUAGAAAAAUCACAACCAGUUGGAAAAUUCAUGUUGAAACCGGCCGAUGGCGCAUCGCUAUUGUUUAAAAAUAACGACGCAACUGAAACUAUUGCUAAAAUUAACGCAGAGAACGUGGAAAAACCGACGGAGAAGAGAGUUAUAAAUAGCGAGAACAUGGUGGCAAAAAAAUUAGCACCUCCCCCAACCCGCAAACCUAUGAAACAGGAUCCAAACAUCAAAAAUCAGGAAAAUAAUCUCAACAACAACACGGAAACUGAAAGUUCUGGUAAACCCGAAAUACCUAUUUUAAAACAAAUCAGCGAACCAGACACAAAAACCGCCGAAGUUUUUAAAAGAAAACCUCUAGCUAGUGAAACUGAAACAAAACCUAUGAAAGCCCCACCGACCCUGGCAAAACCAAAACCAAAAAAAUAA